AUGGUUCGAACAUCGCAGCAUUCGAUGCCGAGAUCUGCGGCCGGGUCUUCUACCUCAUCGUCAACGACGACUGCCCUCACCCCUUCGACUCGAAGUGCCUCUAGUAGACUCUUCAUGACAAACGUUCCUGCUGCAAAUAACGGAGAUGUGUCUCUCUACCAAGGCGUCACUACACCAAACUCGACAGGACGAGGAAGUACGAGUAGUGGUGCCACGUCAGACUUUGGACGUUUGCGAUUGACGCCUUCCUCGAGCACCAUCACAACAAACUUGGUGACCAACUCACUUGGCGACCUAUUGAUUCAAUCAUCCGGACGACCCUCCUUGUCAAGUUCUACGACGCAAGCAGGUGCUCAGUCACUUACGCCUCCUGCGGUUCCUAGAAGGCGGUCAAGCUCCCGCACCAAGCAGCCACCGCACGCUGUAGAAGACGAAGAACCACCGGAUGAUCGAUUCCAUGCGCCAGGAUUUCAGCAAGCAUAUAUUGAGGCUAUAGAAUUGGUGGCUAGCCUCAAGGCUGUCCUUGGGAGUAGCACUCUCCAUGUCGACGAGGAUUCUACCAUUGGUCGGUUGUAUCAGAAGGCCACGGAGUUGAGCGAGUUUCGAUGCCUUGCUCGCCGUACUGUAGGAUUUGUUGGAGACUCUGGCGCUGGCAAGUCAAGUCUGCUAAACUCCUUGUUGGACUCACAAUCACUGGCUCGAACAAGCGGCGGCGGUGCAGCUUGUACUUGCGUCGCCACAGAGUACCAUUAUAAUGUGAACGAUAACUAUAUCGUUGAGGUAGACUGGUAUAAUGCGGUUGAACUACACGGUCUGCUGAUGGAUAUGCUCCAAGCGUAUAGGCAUUACUACGCCAAUGGCGAUGACAUGGCUGGAGAAGAGAAACAAGAUUUCGCACAGCGUUCCAAGAUCGCUGAUGACACCUUUCAAGCCUUAUUCCCAUGUCGCUGGGAGGGCGGAAACCCGUCAUUGACCACAGGAUCAACUGAGUCAGCAUUCAACACCUUGCAGUCUUGGAUUUUAGAAUUAGGGAUCACAAACGACGCCCAACGAAUAAUCAUGGACACUCUUGGCGAGUGUUCCGAUUAUCUCGUAAAUCUCACAUCGGACCCGAGUUCAGCCGGGGUUUCAGCUUACUGGCCGCGCAUCAAACGUAUUAGGGUCUUCGUCAAGGCCCAUAUAUUAAGGAACGGGCUUGUCCUUGUCGAUCUUCCUGGGCUUCGAGAUAUGAAUAGCGCUAGGCGGAAUCUGACUGAGCGGUAUAUUAUUGAAUGCGACGAAAUAUUCGUGGUUGCAAACAUCGAUCGUGCCACAACGAAUGUCGGUGUCAAACAUGUUGUCGCAUUAGCAAAGCGAGCUGGCCUCUCCAAUGUUGGCAUCAUCUGCACGAAGUCUGAUAUCAUCAAAGCGGAUGAGGCCAUCAAAGAUUGGCUGGGCGAAAUUGCGAAUAAUAUCCGAAAAUUGUCAACUAUGGUCAACAACGCAGAAAAGGAGCUUAGAAAAGUUCAAGAAGAAUGCAAUGACUAUACUGAUGAUGAACUUUGUGAGGAAGACCUUGUGCGUGCUGGAGAAUUAGGAAGGAAGCAGUCUCAGCUCACGAAACUGGUAAACCGGCAAAGGUUCAGGCUCAGCAAGUACCUUAUGGAAACUCGAAACCAAAAGACGUCCCAGAGUCUACUAGAUCUCUAUCAAAACGAGGUCCCUGAUGGCCAGCUGAGGAUUUUCUGUGUAAGCAACGACAACUAUUGGCAAAAUCGUGAUUUGCCUGCCGAUGAAUUUGCCAAAUUCUUGGAACUGAGUGGUAUAAUGGCCCUGCGACGGCACUGCAUUUCGAUUGUAUCUGAAAGUCAGUUCCGUGGGGCAAGCAAGUUCAUGAAACAUGAUAUUUCUGCCUUGAUCAGCGACGUCGAGCUGUGGGCCCAAGCUGGCGCACCCAGUUUGGAUGCCGAACGAAAACAGGACCUGAUAGGAACCUCAUCUCGCUGCAGGACUAUCAACCAAGCAUUAAGAAAUGACUUCAAUGAAGGUAUUCUGCAGCGAGCAAACAUUUUUGAAUGGAGCCAGGCGGCAAGAAAUGCAGCAACCCAGUGGUCAGGGUGGCAUUGGGCUAGCUACGCAGCAUUUUGCCGAAAUUAUGGAGAAUACUAUACCCAAGCGGUUGGCUCCCGCUGUUGGAACGCGGAGAUGAUCGAAACUAUGGCCAACGACCUUGACAGACCUUGGCAGGUUCUGCUUGAGAGCGUCCAAAGUCACCAAGAGGAUCUAUUAAGCUCCGUUCAAGAAUCGAUCGACUGGGCAAUACAGUAUCUAGAAACCGAGAUUCAGGGAUCGUCUGAACUUGUCGAUACCCUCACCGAAGCUCUGGCAUCGCGACUGGGCCAUUUGUCCGAUGAGUUAGAAGACAUAUACGAUAAACUUGAAUCGGACCUCUCUACCUUAAAGAUUGAUUCCUUGUCAGGUAUCCAAACCUCCUACAUUGGCCAGGCCAUGAAGGAGACCUAUGACCAUUGCAAUAUGGAGUGUGGUACCGGUAGCCACGCCCGCCGAAAAGCCAUCAUGAAUAGGAGGGUGAGAGACCAGGAGCUUCUCAAGACUGUCAUUAAAGAGACCAGAAUACAGUUCAAGAGCCUCGCCGAUGGUUUCCAAAGCAGUGUCCAGAGCGCUGUCCGCAUUCAGUUUGAUGGGCUACAAGAGACGCUGGAUAUCUUUCGGGAGGAGAAUGCGGCAUCGGAAAGUGAGCAGGAUCCUGAUUUCCAUGGCAGGAUUGAGGAAGUCGUCGGUACUUGCAGAGAGGCACUCACUAGAAUUCAGGUUCAGGUUAGCGGCGUGGCGAACUGA